UGUCUCUGCAGGAUAUCAACAUGCGUAAGGCAUUUAAGAGCAGUACCAUCCAGGACCAGCAGGUGGUGUCACGGACCUCAGUCCCUAACCCUGUUGUAGAGAUGUACCACCGUGGUGACAAACCUCCGCCUCUCAACAUACUCAGCCCUUAUAGAGAUGAUAAGAAGGAUGCAUUGAAGUUCUACACAGACCCCUCCUACUUCUUCAUGCUGUGGAGAGAGAAGAUGCUUCAGGCUACGGAGGACAAACGGAAGGAGAAGAAACGGCAGAAGACCAGCUGUCCAGCCCACUGUGACCAGGGUAGACCCCACAGCAGACAGGCUCCACCACGCAGCCCACUGCCCAGCUCCGAGCAGCAGAAACAGGUGGAGGAUCCGGGCAGAGAGGUGAAAAAGGUGAGGAAGGCCAGGAAUCGCAGACAGGAGUGGAAUAUGAUGGCCUAUGAUAAGGAGUUCCGCCCGGACACACGACUCACCCCCUCACCCUACCACGGAAUGUCCUCCGAGGGGUCAUUAUCACCUGAUAACAGGUCGAUGGCAUCAGACAUGGGCGAGCAUUCCUACCCUGCCAGCCCUAACCACCCUUCCCAGCCCACCUCUGCCCCCCACCCCAUCGAUGGUGCCCCCCACCUCACCCAAGCCCCCCAGACUCAGUCUCUGGACAGGGGAGGGUACCCCAGAGCCAACCCCCCCUCUGGGUCAGCCGCCGCAUCACUGGGGCGCACCCAUCCCCCCCACCCACCCCCCGCCCACUCCGAGGGAGGGGCAGUCAACGGUCCACGUCAGCAGUCCGUCAAGGACUACAGGGCUCAUGG